CCUGCCGGGACUAAGCUGAUUUAUGGUAUUGAAGGGCCAUGUCUAAUAUCCACUGUGCCUCAGUAUGAAUUUGCCACCCACCCUCCAGGGAACGUUAACAGGUUCCUUCAUCAUCCAUGAUAAUGAAUGUGUUUGUUUUCAACUGAGAAGAAUGUCACUACUACAGUAUGGUGACCACUGCAAUGGACCUUGUCCCCUAUUAACUUCCCCUUUUACUGCUUAAACUGAAAGUCCAAACAGAAGACACAAAUUAUAUUCUUGUGAUCAGUUUAGUCCAGAUUUAAAGUGUCUCACAAAAGUUAGAAGCAGCUUGUUGAUAGUGAAUCAUUGUCGCUAACCGAUCUCUAAGUGACUUUCCAGAUGCAUGAGUAAAUAAUCUGGCUCAGAAGUGUUAAUACUAUUUCUGCUUAUAUAUAAUGCAUCUAACGAUACCCUAUCAUUUGGCCUAUUAAAUUAGGAAAACAUAAAACGCAAUAAAUUACUCUGGAAGGAAGCAUAUCCAUACCCUCUGAAUCUGCUGUUCCCCUUAGCCAUUUUUAGCUGAACAAGCAAUUAAACAUGGGAGGUGGGGUUGUGUUGGCAUUUGAAGUGAGGCUUCAUAAAUACUGUAAUAGAAAAUACCAUAAUGAUGAGUGAUGCUAUUUGGUUGCAACAUGAAAAGAGCUGGUUAGUGGAGAUAGAUUGUUCACAUGACUGAUUCCACCUCUUCCCAAAAGUCCCACGCUGCUGCAAGAUCUGAGGUCAAUGGGAAGGAAUGGGUGCUUGCUUAAUCCAUCAAGACAGGUGUUCACAAGAACAAGAAAUAUAAAAGUUGGAUGUUUACGUUUUAAAUGUGCUAAAAACCAAUAUCAUCUUUUGGACAGGUUAUAAUCUAUGUUUUGGAUAUUCUGUGGUUUUCUGUGUGUGUGUGUGUGUGUGUGUGUGUGUGUGUGUGUUAGGUUAAUGUUGCUGGAAGUUAAUGUUUACAGCACAUUUUAAGGGCAGUGCAGCGUUUACUGACCUCUGACCCAAGUGACCCUGUAGGUGUCAAUGGAGAAUCGCUCUGAACAGACCUGACCACUGUUUUCUCCCCUCAUAUCACCGUGCCAUGUCAACCGUCAACUCCAGACUACCCCCACCACCACCACCACCACACACACACACACACACACACCCCCUUCUGCCUCCUUAUUUUCCCUCAGAAGCAGUUAAUUCCAUUUCCUUUUUUCUGCGUACUCUGGUUUUAAUAUGUUGAAAAGAGACCAGACUAAUAAGUACUAAUUUAUGUCAAAUCUUGCCAGGGCUCUUUGUUCCUCUGCAGCCGCAGCCUCAUCAGGUCACCCUCCAGCUUCUGCUCAGCAUUCAAUUAAACUCCCUCGUCCCAUCAGAGCAGAUCACAUCAGUGCUGCACCUACUGGCUGCUAUGACUGACCCGAGCCUGCCUGCUUGUCUGUCUGCUGUAGUGGACACUGAGGUGGUGGAUGUACCGUAAUCCUGACAAAACCCAUCAUGGUUCUGAUAAAAGGGAGACUGGUACGUGAUCACCCUCUGUAUUUUGCAGAGCGACUAAUGGGUGAACCCUCCACUAAUGCCGUCAGCCACUAUCUCAGCCCAGCUCUGCUCCUCACAAGCUGCUGACAGAUAUCUGAGCAGCAGGUCAAGCCUGAGUUGGUGCAGAGGUUCAAGAUUCCACAGGUGUUGGCUCAUGAGCUGGGCUGUCUUUGACAGAGCUGGGGCAUGGCUGGGAACGGGAAGUAUAAAGCCUGAGACUGGGUUGACAAUAAGAGAGUGCAAAGGUGGAACAGCCGUGAAGAGCAGUAAACCUCAGACAGGCCCUGCUCGAGUAUUUCUUUCUUUCUCCCUUCAGAGAACCAGAGGAAACACAGUCGUUGCUGCCACCAUGAGCCGCAGCCCGGAGAGGAUCUCGUCCUACCGCCGUCACUUUGAGGACAGCAGCAGCUCGUCCUACCAGGUCAGGGUGUCCAGCCCAUCCCCCACCAGGAGAGAUGCCCGUCAUGCCUCCGCCGGCUACUCCUGCAGAGCCGGGGCCAGCAGCAUGCGUGUGGAGUCAGUGGGACGAAGGACCAUCUCGGCUGGACGCAGGACUCGUAUGGUUGGAGCAGGUGUGAGUGCAGGAGCCAUGGUAUGUGUUGGGCCAAGUGGAGAACCUGCUAUAGAUCUGGAUGUGGCUGCAGCUGAGAACCAUGAAUUCCUGAACACCCGCACAAGUGAAAGACAGGAGAUGGUCAUCCUCAAUGACAGACUGGCUGUAUACAUCGACAAGGUUCGAUCACUUGAGCAGCAGAACAAGCUAUUGGAAACAGAGAUCGAGGCCUACCAGAACCGCUUUGAGAGGCCAUCAGGUCUGCGCCUCUUGUAUGAGGAACAGCUGAAGGAGCUGAAAAAGAUCGCUGACCAGAUGAGAGUUCAGCGGGACAUCUCCUUGGCGGCCAAGGAGUCCACAGCUGCUCAACUACUGGCAAUCAAAAUCAAAUAUGAGGAGGCAGUGGAGCUGAGGAGGAAAGCUGAGCUAGACAUUGAAGCCUUCCGUCCAGAUGUUGACAACGCUACCUCUUCACGCAUUGCCUUGGAGAAGAAGCUGGAGCAGCUGGAAGUUGAAAUUGAAUUCCUAAAACGGGUCCAUCAACAGGAAAUUGAUGAGCUCAUGAAACAGAUCUAUGCAGCCCAAGCCUCAGCUCAGAGUGCCUUCACCCUACCUGACCUGGCAGCUGCUUUGAAACAAAUCCAAACCCAGUAUGACGACAUCGCAGCCAAAAAUCUCCAGGAGAUGGAUUCAUGGUAUAAAAACAAGUUUGAAGAUCUAACCAGUAAGACGUCAAGGCACGUGGAUAGGGUUCGAAGCAUUAGAGAAGAAAUAGCAGGUGCCAAAAAGGAUAUCCAAAGCAAAGAACGAGACUUGGAUGCCCUGAGGACCAGGAAUGAAGCUCUUGAGGCCCAGAUCCGAGAGAGGCAAGAAAAGUACAGGAAGGAACUGGAAGACCUGCAGGCUCGGAUUGAGGCCCUGCAGCUUGAGCUGAAAUCCACCAAGGAGAAAAUUGCACUGCACCUGCGUAAGUACCAGGACCUCCUGAAUGUCAAGAUGUCUCUGGAGAUUGAGAUUACAACGUACAGAAAACUUAUUGAAGGAGAGGAUCUGCGGCUCUCUGGCAUGAUGCAAACCCUGUCUCUUACCAGCUGUAGCACAAGCGCCCUUGGUGCUGGGAUGAGCUUCAAUGCAGGAGGCAUGGGUGGUGUUGGUGGAAUGGGUGGCGGGAUGAUUGGCGGUAGAAGUGGAGGUGUUGGAGGCAUGGGGAGUGGAGUAGGAAUGGGUGGGGGCAUGGGUGCAGGAGGCAUGGGCACAGGUCCAGGCAGUGGUACUGGAGGAAUGGGUGGAAGAAUGGGUGCUGGAGGUCCAGAUGACAGGAAGGGUCCUACUGAUAGGGAAGGUGGGGCAGACAUCGGCGGUGGUCAUGGAUUGGGAGCUGGGAGUGUAGGUGGAAGUGUAGGAGCUGGUGCAGGGGGUGUGGGUACUAGUGGAGGCAGUGGAGGGGUGGGUGCUGGGGGAAUUAGUGGUGUUGGUUCUGGUGCUGGAAGCUUCGGUGCUGGUACUGGUGCUGGAGGUUUGGGCACUGGAUCUGGGGGUGUGGGCGCUGGUGCCGGAGGUGUGGGUGCCGGUGUUGGUGGAGGGACGGGUGAUGGAAUUGGUGGAGGCAUAAAUAGGGAUGGAGGUAAAGACCAUGGAACGGGUCCUGCUGGAAUGGGUGGUGGAAUCGGAGGCAGUGGAGGAACUGAGGGUGUGGGUGGAGGUGUUGUAGGUGCACUGUCAGGCAUUGGAGGAAUGGGGAAGACUGGUGGAGGAAUGGGUGACACCAGUGGCGCCGGGACGGGAUAUGGAUCCGAGCAGGCUGUGGAGCUGACGGAGAGAAGGACGGUGCUCAUUAGGUAAAGAACGGUGAAAAAUGAGGAUGAUGUGCUGGAGAUGGACCACCAGGAACAAACCUACACCAUCACCGGUGCAGCCGAUGACUCUGACGACGAAUGAGCAGCACGAAUUCCCAAGUGACCUCCUCUCGCCCUUAAACCUCCACGCCCCUCUGAGCUUUGCACUGACCAAACCCCAUGUUUGGACAUUGACCUUUGCCCUUUGCCCUGGACAAGAAGACCAUGACUGACCCUUUGCUACAGAGUGAAACCUUCACCUCAUAAGAUUUAAAUAUGCCUCACUAGCAAGACUCAACAUGGUGUCUAAACUUUUGUGUGCCUUACACUGCCCCCUUUUUUCGACUUGCAGCAAAUAAAGCUAUCAGCAUUCCA